AUGAAAGGAUACGACCAAACAAUUAAUAUUAUAUUGGAGAACAGCCACGAGAGGGUAUUCCGGGGAGAACAACUGGGCGUCGAGCAGAUCGAACUAGGUCUUUAUGUUGUGAGAGGAGACAAUGUGUGAGUUACUGCUUAAUGUAAACUUCUUGCGUUUAGAGCUGUUAUUGGAGAGUUGGAUGAAGAUCUCGAUAGGCGAAUCGAUUUUGAACAGAUGAAAGUAAACCCACUACAGCCUUUCUGGAUUCCAAGUUGA